ACAGAUAUUUAUCACUCUCACUCUGGCAAUAAUUAGCCACAUUAGAACAAGGAUACACUUUAAAGGCUGUGGCCACGCAGAAGGACUUCAUUUGGCAACACAGAAACCACAGACAGGAAAGACCACAGAGGGAAUAUCCACCUUCUCCUAAAAGGCUCCGACCAGAGACGAUACAAAUGGAAGAUCCCAUUGACACCGCCAUGGCAGUGUUCUCUGAUCAGUACCUGUCGUCCAAUGACAGUUUGCUAUUCAACAUCACUCCAACCCAUUUCCCCCGCCUGCCACCCAUAAUAGACCAGACCAUCAGCAUCACCACCAUAGUGAUCCUCUUCAUUACCAUGGUUUCACUGGGCUGUACCAUGGAGGUGCCCAAGAUCAAGGCCCACAUCCUGAAACCUAAAGGAGUAGCCAUCGCAGUGGUGGCCCAGUUUGGAGUAAUGCCCCUCACUGCCUUCUCAUUGGCUAAGGUUAGUAUCUCUCUUUGGCUAAGGUUAGUAUCUCUCUUUGGCUAAGGUUAGUAUCUCUCAUUGGCUAAGGUUAGUAUCUCUCAUUGGCUAAGGUUAUUAUAUCUCAUUGGCUAAGGUUAUUAUAUCUCAUUGGCUAAGGUUAUUAUAUCUCAUUGGCUAAGGUUAGUAUCUCUCUUUGGCUAAGGUUAGCAUCUCUCUUUGGCUAAGGUUAGUAUCUCUCAUUGACUAAGGUUAGUAUCUCUCAUUGGAUAAUUGGCUACGGUUAGUAUCUCUCAUUGGCUAAGGUUAGUAUCUCUCAUUGGCUAAUUGGCUAAGGUUAGUAUCUCUCAUUGGCUAAGGUUAGUAUCUCUCAUUGGCUAAGGUUAGUAUCUCUCAUUGGCUAAGGUUAGUAUCUCUCAUUGUCUAAGGUUAGUAUCUCUCAUUGUCUAAGGUUAGUAUCUCUCAUUGUCUAAGGUUAGUAUCUCUCAUUGGCUAAUUGGCUAAGGUUAGUAUCUCUCAUUGGCUAAGGUUAGUAUGUCUCAUUGUCUAAGGUUAGUAUCUCUCAUUGGCUAAGGUUAGUAUCUCUCAUUGGCUAAGGUUAGUAUCUCUCAUUGUCUAAGGUUAGUAUCUCUCAUUGGCUAAGGUUAGUAUCUCUCAUUGGCUAAGGUUAGUAUCUCUCAUUGGCUAAGGUUAGUAUCUCUCAUUGGCUAAGGUUAGUAUCUCUCAUUGGCUAAGGUUAGUAUCUCUCAUUGUCUAAGGUUAGUAUCUCUCAUUGGCUAAGGUUAGUAUCUCUCAUUGGCUAAUUGGCUAAGGUUAGUAUCUCUCAUUGGCUAAUUGGCUAAGGUGAGUAUCUCUCAUUGUCUAAGGUUAGUAUCUCUCAUUGUCUAAGGUUAGUAUCUCUCAUUGUCUAAGGUUAGUAUCUCUCAUUGUCUAAGGUUAGUAUCUCUCAUUGGCUAAGGUUAGUAUCUCUCAUUGGCUAAUUGGCUAAGGUUAGUAUCUCACAUUGGCUAAGGUUAGUAUCUCUCAUUGGCUAAGGUUAGUAUCUCUCAUUAGCUAAUUGGCUAAGGUUAGUAUCUCUCAUUGGCUAAGGUUAGUAUCUCUCAUUGGCUAAGGUUAGUGUCUCUCAUUGGCUAAGGUUUGUGUCUCUCAUUGUCUAAGGUUAGUAUCUCUCAUUGUCUAAGGUUAGUAUCUCUCAUUGUCUAAGGUUAGUAUCUCUCAUUGUCUAAGGUUAGUAUCUCUCAUUGUCUAAGGUUAGUAUCUCUCAUUGGCUAAGGUUAGUAUCUCUCAUUGGCUAAGGUUAGUAUCUCUCAUUGUCUAAGGUUAGUAUCUCUCAUUGGCUAAGGUUAGUAUCUCUCAUUGGCUAAGGUUAGUAUCUCUCAUUGGCUAAGGUUAGUAUCUCUCAUUGGCUAAGGUUAGUAUCUCUCAUUGGCUAAGGUUAGUAUCUCUCAUUGUCUAAGGUUAGUAUCUCUCAUUGGCUAAGGUUAGUAUCUCUCAUUGGCUAAUUGGCUAAGGUUAGUAUCUCUCAUUGGCUAAGGUUAGUAUCUCUCAUUGGCUAAUUGGCUAAGGUGAGUAUCUCUCAUUGUCUAAGGUUAGUAUCUCUCAUUGUCUAAGGUUAGUAUCUCUCAUUGUCUAAGGUUAGUAUCUCUCAUUGUCUAAGGUUAGUAUCUCUCAUUGGCUAAGGUUAGUAUCUCUCAUUGGCUAAUUGGCUAAGGUUAGUAUCUCUCAUUGGCUAAUGUUAGUAUCUCACAUUGGCUAAGGUUAGUAUCUCUCAUUGGCUAAGGUUAGUAUCUCUCAUUAGCUAAUUGGCUAAGGUUAGUAUCUCUCAUUGGCUAAGGUUAGUAUCUCUCAUUGGCUAAGGUUAGUGUCUCUCAUUGGCUAAGGUUUGUGUCUCUCAUUGGCUAAGGUUAGUGUCUCUCAUUGUCUAAGGUUAGUAUCUCUCAUUGUCUAAGGUUAGUAUCUCUCAUUGUCUAAGGUUAGUAUCUCUCAUUGUCUAAGGUUAGUAUCUCUCAUUGUCUAAGGUUAGUAUCUCUCAUUGUCUAAGGUUAGUAUCUCUCAUUGUCUAAGGUUAGUAUCUCUCAUUGUCUAAGGUUAGUAUCUCUCAUUGUCUAAGGUUAGUAUCUCUCAUUGUCUAAGGUUAGUAUCUCUCAUUGUCUAAGGUUAGUAUCUCUCAUUGUCUAAGGUUAGUAUCUCUCAUUGUCUAAGGUUAGUAUCUCUCAUUGGCUAAGGUUAGUAUCUCUCAUUGGCUAAUUGGCUAAGGUUAGUAUCUCUCAUUGGCUAAUGUUAGUAUCUCACAUUGGCUAAGGUUAGUAUCUCUCAUUGGCUAAGGUUAGUAUCUCUCAUUAGCUAAUUGGCUAAGGUUAGUAUCUCUCAUUGGCUAAGGUUAGUAUCUCUCAUUGGCUAAGGUUAGUGUCUCUCAUUGGCUAAGGUUUGUGUCUCUCAUUGGCUAAGGUUAGUGUCUCUCAUUGUCUAAGGUUAGUAUCUCUCAUUGUCUAAGGUUAGUAUCUCUCAUUGUCUAAGGUUAGUAUCUCUCAUUGUCUAAGGUUAGUAUCUCUCAUUGUCUAAGGUUAGUAUCUCUCAUUGUCUAAGGUUAGUAUCUCUCAUUGUCUAAGGUUAGUAUCUCUCAUUGUCUAAGGUUAGUAUCUCUCAUUGUCUAAGGUUAGUAUCUCUCAUUGUCUAAGGUUAGUAUCUCUCAUUGUCUAAGGUUAGUAUCUCUCAUUGGCUAAGGUUAGUAUCUCUCAUUGGCUAGGGUUAGUAUCUCUCAUUGGCUAAGGUUAGUAUCUCUCAUUGGCUAUUUGCCUAAGGUUAGUAUCUCUCAUUGGCUAAGGUUAGAAUCUCUCAUUGGCUAAGGUUAGAAUCUCUGAUUGGCUAAGGUUAUUAUAUCUAAUUGGCUAAGGUUAGUGUCUCUCAUUGGCUAAGGUCAGUAUCUCUCAUUGGCUAAGGUCAUUAUCUCUCAUUGGCUAAGGUUAGUAUAUCUAAUUGGCUAAGGUUAGUAUCUUUCAUUGGCUAAGGUUAGUGUUUCCAUAGCUGUCUUGGCAUUGUUGUCUUGGCGAACCAGUCUGGUUCCCAGGCCUUCAGGAAUGGCAGGACAGGACCAUGCUAAGCUGUUCAGUGUAGUCUCAGGUGUGCUUCCUGUCCUGUGUCUUCAGGUGUUACAGCUGGGGCCGGUAGAGGCUGUAGUGGUGCUGAUCUGUGGAUGCUGCCCAGGGGGAAGCCUCUCCAAUAUAUUGGCCCUGUCUCUGAAGGGAGACAUGAACCUAAGUAUUGUGAUGACUACCUGCUCUACAGUUCUAGCCCUGGGUAUGAUGCCACUGCUCCUCUACCUAUACUGCCAGGGCUUCUCCAACCUGGAGAGUGCUGUUCCCUACGCUGGCAUCACUCUGGCCCUGGUCAUGACUCUGUUCCCCUGCGGCAUCGGCAUCCUCAUCAAUUACUACAGGCCACAGUACUCCAAGACUAUUACUAAGGUCGGCCUGUCCCUCCUGUUGAUGGCCACGGUGGUGAUUGGCCUGUUGGCCGGCAUGACCAUAGGAGGGAUGGAUUUGACGCUGACCCUCCUGUCCCCUCCGCUCAUGGCCACCGCUGCCCUCAUGCCCCUCAUUGGCUACACCUUCGGAUACGUCCUGUCAUACCUCUUCAAACUCAACGGAUCGGGGCGGAGGACCAUCUCCAUGGAGACAGGCUGUCAGAACAUCCAGCUGUGUUCCACCAUUUUGAAGGUGGCAUUCCCUCCCGAUGUGAUUGGUCCCCUCUACCUAUUCCCUAUGAUCUACAUAGUGUUUCAGGUGGGAGAGGCCUUACUGCUCAUUGUCCUGUUCAGGGUUCACCGGAGGUUCUUCAAAACACCGGAGACAGAGAAGCAGGUGUACGAUGCAGUGGAUGGAAAUCAGAUUCACAUCAGCUCAGUCUGAAAUGGUGACCAAGGCUUCAGGCUCCCAAAGACCUGAUUAUCUACCAGAUAACAAUGAGGAUUUCACACCCAGUAACUACACAUACAAUGAUGCAUGGCAGCAGGCGAUUUGAAGGUGGAGUGAUUGUAACUAAUUGACUACACUGUAUACAGGUGUAGAAGUGUGUGUGGAAUUAACUGAAGAGAGAAACCUAUGUACUGUCUAAACUACAUGAGUACUUCUGAUCAAGACAAGGAAGAGAGAAACCUAUGUACUGUCUAAACUACAUGAGUACUACUGAUCAAGACAAGGAAGAGAGAAACCUAUGUACUGUCUAAACUACAUGAGUACUUCUGAUCAAGACAAGGUAGUGUCAAUGUUUGGACCAGCUAUUGAAAAGUCGUGACAUUUUAUUACUGCUAGUAUUUAAUUACAUAUGGUUUUAAGCUCAUACUAAAAGUGGCAAAAUUGUCAAGUUACCACGGUCUUGAUGCUUUAGAUAAAAUGUUUUAUUGGUCAUCUGCUUUUGGAGUCAUUUUUUAAUGGGGGGGGGGUGGGGGGGAGAUCAAAUCAGACUUCAUGCUUUAGUGUACAAAAGGUUUUUAUUUUCCAAACUAUUGUCUAGGCGUUAACCUCGUCACAAUAAGUUGUAUCAGGGAGAUAAAGCGGAACAGAAACACCACUCCAUUUAAACAUUCAAUACAAAUGGGCUCCAAUAAAAACAGCACGUACAAC